AUGACAGCUGCGCAGGAAGGACUUGGAGAGGAUAACUUGUUGUUGGGGACAUACCUUCUGAAUGCUAAAAUACCAUUAAACCUAGUCAGUCCAUUGACACAUGUUAUGGUGAACUUGAAUUGUGUCCACAAUAUUUGGGAAUAUUUCUUGUACAGGGAUAUCUGUAUCCAUUCUGAGGUCCACACUGUCUUGAUAGCAGACCCUCCACUGAGACUUGUCACCAAUAAGGAAAGAUCUGCAGAGCUGCUCUUUGAAAUCUUGUGUGUCCCACCAAUGCUUACAGCUUGCCAGUCUACACUGUCCAUGUAUUCUUAUGGAAAGACCUCAGGUCUGGGUGUAGAAAGUGGCCACUGGGUUUUCUGCAUACUACCUAUCCAUUCAGGUGGUAUGCUGCAAAAUAUUUCCAAUAAUAUGAACUGUGCUGGAGAGGACCUCACACAAUACCUAAUGAAAUUGUGUUUAAAUGAAUCUGAGAACAUGUUUACAGACACACAUCUCCACAGAUUGGAAUGCAUCAAGCAAAAGUGUUGCCUUGCUGCUUCUGAUCUUGAUUCACUAUGGGUUUGGCACCUGAUCAAUACCACGCUGAUUAAGAACUUCUAG